GCCUCGCGUUUGCUCGCCUGCCUCUCCAUCUCCCUCUCUCUCCUCCCGCUCUCUCGCCUGCCUAGAGAGAGAGAGAGAGAGAGAGGGCCUCUAGGCUCGUGGCCGUGUCUCUCUCUACUCCCUACAAAGAGACCACCACCAAGUCCGGCUACCCCAUCUCCUCCUCUCCCCCCUCCUCCCCACAGAACAUUUCUCGACGACUACUGCUGCCUGCCCUUUUCCACCUGCCUUCCUCCCACCGCUGCCUUCUAGGGUUCCCCUCCCCCGCCGCCGCCGCCCGAUCCGAGGCAGAUGCCGCCCGCAGCCAUGGCGCCGCCGCCGCCCCAGCCCACGUCUUCCUCAGGUACGCGCGCGCCUCAGCCGGCCAGAUCCGGGGAUCCUCUCUACCCGGAGCUCUGGCGCGCGUGCGCCGGCCCGCUCGUCACCGUCCCGCGCGUCGACGACCUCGUCUUCUACUUUCCACAGGGGCACAUAGAGCAGGUGGAGGCGUCUAUGAACCAGGUCGCCGGAAACCAGAUGCGCCUCUACGAUCUCCCCUCUAAGCUGCUCUGCCGCGUCAUCAACGUCGAGCUCAAGGCGGAAACAGACACCGACGAGGUUUACGCGCAGAUCAUGCUCAUGCCAGAGCCCGAGCAAAACGAGAUCGCGGUGGACAAGGCGAGUCCUGGGGCGAGCGCCACGCCGCCGAGGCCAGCAGUCAGAUCCUUCUGCAAGACGCUCACCGCCUCCGAUACCAGCACACACGGUGGCUUCUCCGUGCUGCGCCGCCACGCUGAUGAGUGCCUCCCUCCCCUGGACAUGACACAGUCGCCUCCCACACAGGAGCUGGUGGCGAAGGAUCUGCAUGGCAUGGAGUGGCGCUUCCGCCACAUCUUUCGCGGGCAACCUAGGAGGCAUCUCCUUCAGAGCGGUUGGAGUGUGUUUGUCAGUUCCAAAAGGCUUGUUGCUGGGGACGCCUUCAUUUUCCUCAGAGGAGAGAAUGGUGAGCUUCGAGUUGGUGUUAGGCGGGCUAUGAGACAACUGUCUAAUGUGCCUUCUUCAGUCAUAUCUAGCCAAAGCAUGCACCUUGGAGUCCUUGCAACUGCGUGGCAUGCUAUCAACACGAAAACCAUGUUCACUGUGUACUACAAACCUAGGACGAGUCCUUCUGAGUUCAUCAUACCAUAUGAUCAAUAUAUGGAGUCAGUAAAAAACAAUUAUUCCAUUGGGAUGAGAUUCAGGAUGAGGUUUGAAGGGGAAGAGGCGCCAGAGCAGAGGUUUACUGGUACAAUAGUUGGCUGUGAAAAUCUUGACCCACUAUGGCCUGAAUCCAGCUGGAGAUACUUGAAGGUGCGUUGGGAUGAGCCUUCUACUAUCCCACGUCCAGAUAGGGUCUCUCCUUGGAAGAUCGAGCCUGCUUCCUCACCUCCUGUUAACCCCCUUCCCCUUUCUAGAGUCAAACGACCUAGACAAAAUGCUCCACCGCCUUCUCCUGAAUCAUCUAUUCUUAUGAAAGAAGGUGCAACUAAGAUUGAUAUCGAUUCUGCUCAGACACAACAUAAUCAAAACUCGGUCUUGCAAGGUCAAGAGCAGAUGACCUUGAGGAACAACCUGACUGAAAGUAAUGACUAUGAUGCCACUGUUCAGAAGCCUAUGAUGUGGUCUCCAACCCCCAAUAGAAAAAACCAUACCCUAACUUUUCAGCAGAGAUCCUCUAUGGAUAAUUGGAUGCAGUUGGGAAGGCGUGAAACUGACUUCAAGGACACCCGAGAUUCCCAGAGGUUCUAUAUGCAAGCUUUUGAUGACAAUCAUAACCAUCUUAAUUCUUUCAAGAAUCAGCUUCAGGAUCAGAGCUCAGCCCACCACUUUGUGGACCCAUACUUCUGUAUGCCUCCACAACCUUCUUUGACUGUUGAAUCAAGCACAAGGACGCACACAGCAACCAAUAAGUUGCGUUUCUGGGGCGAACAGAAUACUGUCUACGGUACUUCAAGUGACCAACCACAAGGUUUGAGCUUUGGACAAAAUCCAUCGAGUUGGUUAAAUCAACCAUUUGGCCAGGUUGAACAGCCUCGGGUGGUCAGACCUCAUGCAUCAGUUGCUCCAUUUGAUGUAGAAAAAACAAGAGACGGCAGUGGUUUUAAGAUUUUUGGGUUCAAAGUUGAUACAACCAGUGCACCUCCAAUUCCUUUGAGCUCUCCAAUGGCAGCGACACAUGAGCCUGUGGUACAAACUCAACUGCCGGUAUCAUUGAAUCAUUUGCAACCUUUGCAAACUGAUUGCUUACCUGAGGUGUCUGUAAGCACUGCUGGGACAGCAACUGAGAAUGAGAAAAGCAUUCAGCAAGGUCUGCAAAGUUCAAAAGAUUUUCAAAGCAAGUCCCAGAGUGCCUCAACAAGGAGUUGCACAAAGGUUCAUAAGCAAGGAGUGGCGCUAGGCAGAUCCGUGGAUCUCUCUAAGUUCACUGACUACAACGAACUUAAAGCAGAACUAGAUAAGAUGUUUGAAUUUGAGGGUGAAUUGGUUUCUGCUAACAAAAACUGGCAGAUUGUCUAUACUGACAAUGAGGGUGAUAUGAUGCUUGUGGGAGAUGACCCAUGGGAAGAGUUCAGCAGCAUAGUGCGCAAGAUCUAUAUUUACACGAAGGAAGAGGUCCAGAAAAUGAACUCAAAAUCAUCUAAGCCAAGAAAGGAUGAACCUUUAGCAGCUGGUGAAGGAUGUGCGGCCACAAACGAGUAGACUCAUCUGCCUGCGGCAAGCAUUUUAGAUAACUAGCGAACCAUCAAUUCUUGAUCUACAAGCUUGGUCACAUGAUGUUGUUCGUUAUGAGAAGUAGCACCGAGAGGUACUCAUCUUUCAGUUGUUGCUUUUGGCGUUUGUGCAGGUUGUGUGAAGGCGACGAUGCUUGUGCCGUGUCCCAGCCAAGUAACACCUGAAAUCUUUUUGCUUGUCUGUUGCAGCCCUUGGGAUUUUGUAGGAAAUGUAGACUUGUCUAUUCGCUUCACCGCAGUUUGCUCUUGGCAGAAAGAUUCAAGGCCAUUAUUAUUAUUGUUCUUAUUAUUGCCCCCUCCUGAUUUGCUCUCCAUUCUCAUGUAAAUAUUUAUGAAUCCAGUCUUCACCCAGUAGCAGCGGUAGCAGUACCUUGUAUUAACCAGCUAUUCCCGGUAUCAGCCUUUUAAUUUCUGUAAGCUAUAGCCUUGUAGCUUGAGGUGAAGGGAUGGCAGACAAUGGUAUAUGUAUGCCUGAUCUUACUGAAUGUACUAUAGUUAUAGAGGACC